AUUUGUUUCUGACUACCAAACUGUAAAAUAUUUCUUAGGAGACCAAUGUAUACUUUGAAGUUAGUUUUUCUCAUCCACCUCUGCUUUAUUUGCGAGGGCACCUCUUUUAAGCCUGUAGUAUUAAUGCAUGGUGUUUUGUCAGGAGCCGAAAAGAUGGAGGUCUUGGUUCACGAAAUUGAAAAGGGACAUCCUGGAACGAAAAUCUACAACUGUGACAAAUAUAGCGGAUGGUCAAGUUUAGAAAAUUCCUGGCGGCAAGUUGCAGAGUUCCGGAACUAUUUGAAUGAAAUCGGAAAGAUCCAUCCGGAUGGUAUCAAUGUAGUAGGAUACUCUCAAGGGGGACUAAUAGCACGAGCCGCCAUUCAAACCCUACCUUCUCAUAACGUAAGAACCUUCAUUUCACUAUCAUCACCGCAAGCAGGUCAAUUCGGAGCGAAUUUCUUGCACCUAAUAUUUCCUGACCUGGCAGCGAAUAGUGCCUAUGAACUCUUCUAUUCCAAUGUGGGGCAACACAUAUCAAUAGCGAAUUACUGGAACGAUCCUCUGGAACAGGACUUGUACUUUAAAUUUAGCAAAUUUUUGCCAAUUAUAAACAAUGAAUUUCCAACAUUGAAUUCUAGCCAGUAUAAAAGUGCCUUACUUCGUUUAAAUAAAAUGAUUUUAGUUGGCGGCCCAAAUGAUGGUGUGAUUACGCCUUGGGAAUCGAGUCACUUCGGUUUUUUCAACCAAACGUUUAAUACAAUACCUCUACACAAACGGAAAAUUUAUACCGCCGAUACGAUUGGUUUAAAAACUCUUGAAGAAAAUGGCAAGUUAAUAAUAGUCAUCAAACCAUUUGUCCAUCAUCUUACGUGGCAUACGAAUCGACGCGUUAUACAGGAAGUGAUUCUUCCAUAUUUAGAUUGAAACUAGCUAAUACCCGGCGUGCGUUGUUAAGCCUCAAUAAAUAAAGUAAAAACAACCAAUUAGAAAAAUAUUAA